UAUUAGUCAAAAUAAAAAGGUUCAAGUUCACGCUCGCAUUGAACUGUAUAGCGAGCAUACUUGGUUUAACACGACCGUUGGUAGGUGGAGACCACGCGUUAGGAGACACGAUGUAGGCCCCUAAUUAUAUGCACAUGUAUGUUAACAUCAAGGCUAACUUUAAUUUGGAGUCAUUCUGCAAUACUUAAAAUAAUUAGUAACGCAUCUUAAAUAUUAAACAAACUUGAAAUGGAUGAAGAAACUAUGUGGAAGAAUAUGUUUGAAAAGUUGAACGAAUUAAAAGUUAAUCCGCCAACAGAGCACGAAAGCAGGUUACAGGAUGCUGAUGGCAGCUUUUUUGAAAAAUUUGGAUCUCUUUUGAAGCAGAAGUCUUAUUUGGAGGAAACAACUUUCAAAACAGAGCUUGAGCCAUUCGGUAAUGAGAAUGAGAAUGACAGUGGACCAGAUUCAUACCGAUGUUUCGAAGCAGCUAGUGAACCAAUAAAUAUAACACCCCUUGCUCUGGAAGGUGAUAUUCGUGAGGUAGAGAGCUUUAAAGAACAAUUUGUAGAGGCGGCAGUGGGAAUGAACGUCGAAGAUCUGUACGAAGAAAUUUUAUUUGAGAUAUGUAACCAGUUUGGAUGCGAGGCUAAUAGUGUAUGUGCAGAAGACCUUUUGGAAUUUAUUCAAGAAGUUUUUAAGAUUUCUGAUGAAAAACACGAUGAUAUUUUAAAAUUGGCAAAGCUAAAGGAGCCUCCCAAUUUGCGCCUUAACGUGGAAGUCAUAAAAGCCGAAAAUUUACUGCCAAAAGAUGCGAAUGGUUUCUCUGAUCCCUUUGUCACCCUUUAUUUGGAAUCUAAUGCAACACACCGGUAUAAUUCAUCCGUAAAGCAUUCUACUCUGAACCCCAUUUGGGAAGAACAUUUUUCCUUGCCUAUCGCGGAUAAUCCAAAAGAGGAGGUGCUUAUAGUAGAGAUAUGGGAUUUCGAUGCUGCUGAAACAGUUAAGGAAAAAGUAAAUAAACUAUUUGAUGUCAAAGGUGUUAAGGGACUCAGUAAGCUUAUGAAAGAGAUCGCACAAGCUGCCUCUACGGGAAAGCACGACAAUGAAUUAAUUGGACGUGUAGCAAUAACUUUAAAAUCAGUCCCAACUUCAGGCAUAACUGCUUGGCACAAUUUAGAGAAGAGCUCUAAAAUAAAAAGUCGGGGUUCGGUGCUAGUUAGUCUGACCUUAAGUGCUGAGAAAAACAAACGCGUUGCUAUCCAAGAGCACAGACACCUGCUGAAUCUAUUACUGAUGCACGAAUUGGAUACUUCUCAAGUAUCUGAAUACUGGUGGAAUGGAAAUUUCAGUACCAAUGCAGAGCUAAUUCGAUCUCAGCAUGCUGUUCAAAGUGGCCUUACGAACUUCGAUUGUGCCCUUAGCCAAUGGAUUGUGUAUUCGAAAAUCCAUGAAAAUCAAAAACUCAGCUUCAAUGUUUUUAAUAGCCUACUCGAUGUUAUUAUUCCAAUCCUAAAAGUUCUUCAAACUGAUUCUGAAGAUACAAAAUCAUUUUGGAAUGGAGUUAAAAGGAUUUUGCCAUCAUGCUUUUCAAUCGUCCGAAAAAUUCGUGCAAAGAAUGUUAGCGAUAAACACAUAGUAAGCACAUUAUGUGAAGUCUUAGAUAUUAUUUCCAAAAUCAAAACUUUAGGGCACCCUGUGGGUGAAAUUUUUCCCCAAAAUAUAUAUGGUUUUAUUUCACCAAUGUGCCUAAAUACUAAUAAUAUUGAUGAAGUGCUGAUAGAAGUUAUAAACACCGGUGUCAAGGAAUGGUUAGAAUACAUUCUAGAAGGGAGUAAAUCAAAUUGUAAUGAUGAACCAACAGACGAAGCAAAGCUUGAGUUUUUAAUAAAACUGGUACAGAUGGUGCGGUCUGAUUUACAAAGAGCGAUGGAGUAUUUUGAUAAGCACUUUUAUCACAAAAUUAGAUUUAACUAUUCUGCUAUUGUAUUCAAGUAUUACGAUUCAAAUAUCUUUGAAAUUUGUAAAAACAACGUUGAAGACGUGUGCUCUCAUAUCAAAACACUUCAUAUACCUGAAGAUACGUUGGAGUAUUCAAAUCUGUUGGACACGAAAUCCUUAAACAUGGGAACAACCCUCUUUGAACUUUAUUUAGUGUUGAAGCGGUUUGUUACUUUAGGUAAAAAACAAAUAUUAUUUUCAUACUAACAGUUUAUACGCGUAAUUUCUUCGAUUUAAUAAGAAUUAUAUCGCUGGCUUAGCGUGCAAACAUGUUAAGUCCACUUUUUAUGAAAAUUUAGAUUUUAAUGCAGUAAGAUAGAGGAACUCAAGAUACAUCAUUACAAAAAAAAGUUACUGUAAUGUCGUUCUUACUUGUUGUCAUGCAGUGGUAUGCAAAUGUGCUAAGUCAAACAAAAAAAAAAUCAAGAAAAAAAUAUAAACACGUACUGUAACUACGCCCACUUCGCAUAUAAAGGUAUUUUCCAAAAAUGCAAGAACUACGAUAUUUCAAUAAAUAUUGGAUGGAAAUUG